AUGACGGAAUCCGUGUCAAACUCCAACAACACAUCACCCAAGCCCGACUUUGACUGUCUCAUCGUAGGGGCAGGCUUUAGUGGCAUUUACCUGCUGGAGCGUCUUCGAGAGCUUGGCUACGGCUGUAGAAUCUUUGAAGCCGGAGUCGAUCUCGGUGGAGUUUGGCACUGGAACAGAUACCCUGGGGCUCGCGUAGACUCUCCAAUCCCCGUCUACGAGUUGUCCUUUGAGAGGGUCUGGAAAGAGUGGACGUGGUCUGAGACAUAUCCCUCUGCGGACGAACUUAGGAGCUAUUUCAACCACGUGGAUAAUAUGCUUCACAUCAAGAAAGACGUUGAUUUCAAUAAGAGGGUCAUUGGGGCUCAGUAUAACGUCCAUGACUGCAAAUGGUAUAUCACCGCCGAGGAUGGCUCUACGACGACUUCCAGGUUCUUUUUGGUCUGCGCCGGGUUUGCAGCCAAGACUUUUAUUCCGGACUUCAAAGGCCUUGACGUGUUCAAAGGCGAAAUACAUCAUUCGUCUGCCUGGCCUGAGCAGGGCGUCGACGUCAAGGGGAAACGCGUUGGUAUUAUCGGUACUGGAUCAACCGGGGUUCAAAUUACCCAAGAAUGGGCGAAAUCAGCCAAGUCGACUGUAGUCUUCCAGAGAACCCCCAACGUGGCUCUACCCAUGAGGCAAAGUAGUGUUACGGCUGAGGAGCAAAACAAUAAGAAGCCGGGGUAUCCAGAGUUUUUUGACCGAAGACAGCAGACGUAUGGUGGCCAGGCGAUGGAACGGUGGCACAAGAAAGUUUUUGACGAUACUGCCCAAGACCGAGAGGCUUUCUUCGAGCGCCGCUGGGAGCAGGGUGGAUUCGGGUUUUGGAUCUCCAAUUACCGCGACAUUUUCACCGACCUGAAAGCGAACCGCGAAGCCUACGAUUUCUGGGCUCGAAAGACCCGUGCCAGAAUCCAUAAUCCCGCAAAGAGGGAUAUUCUUGCCCCUGUUGAACCCCCCCACCCAUUCGGAACCAAGCGACCCUCGCUGGAGCAAGACUACUUCGAUGUUCUAGAUCGAUCUAAUGUCCAGAUUGUCAACGUCAAGCAGGACAAGAUCGUCGAGGUCACCGCGGAUGGCAUCAUCACUGCCAGCGGCUCCUUCUUCCCUCUGGAUGCCAUCGCCUUGGCCACAGGCUACGACGCUGUAACAGGCAGUAUGACUAACAUGGGCCUCCGCAGCGUCGACGGCGUCUCACUAGCCGAGGAGUGGAAGAACGGGGCGAGCACGUACCUCGGGUUGGCACGAAGAGGAUACCCAAACAUGUUCUUCACCUACUCGGUCCAUGCGCCGACGGCCUUCUCCAAUGGGCCAUCGUGCAUCGAGGCCCAGGGCAACUGGAUCGUCGAUGCCAUCCUCAAGAUGGAUGCCACAGGGAUUGUAAGCAUCGAGCCAACAGCUGAGGCUGAGAGGGAGUGGAAGGACAAGGUAACCACCCUGUCAGACCGUACGCUCUUUCCCCUGGCGGAUUCUUGGUACAUGGGUGGUAAUAUCCCCGGGAAGCCUCGUGAGCAGCUGAACUACCUCGGAGGCCUCAAUGUGUAUGAACAAGAAUGCAGAAAAGCCUUGGAAAAUUGGGAUGGAUUUAUCACGAGUCAAAGAUAA